AUGAAUGUUGCGGCAUUGGAACUGGGUCCGCAGCCAGUUCUUCUCAGCAGCGGCCAUGGUGGCGAGACCGGGCCCCAGAACGUGCUAGGACUGUUUCCAGAGUGGUACAUGUCUACAGUGACGCCGAUGUACGGUCGAUUCGGCAGCAUUACGCCUGGUAGCUUGCAUCAGCUGAAGAAGGUUGAUGCGUGGUUGAAUGUUGCAACGUGGGCAACAGAAGGCAUCAGCUUCGAACUUGGAAGCGAGGGGUUGAAUUUGAAUGACAGCGGUAUGCUCAAAGCCGCUUCGCCUGCAAGCUGCUCAGCUGCUGCAGAUGUGCAAGUGGAACAAGCAGAGGACUUGGAUGUGCUCUUAGCCAACGAAGCAGUGACUAGCAUCCUGUUUGAAGGCCUCGCUGCGGGCUACGACGCCUUUGAAAUGGAUUGGGAGGCCAUUUCAGAUGAUGUGCUGAGGGAAACGGAUGUCGCAUACGAGCAAGAACUUCAAAUAAAUCCAUACAGCGUCAGGCUGUGGUGCGCUUAUGUGAAAGCAAAGGCUGAGGCACCCCGGGCAGUACGCUACCUGAUUUACGAGCGUGCGGUGAAGGAGCUCCCCGGCUCGUACAAGCUGUGGCACGCUUACCUGCAGUUACGCAUGAGCAGUGUAAAAGGCUUAUCAGUUCUAGAUGCUGAACAUGAGGCUGCAAAUAAUGCCUUCGAGCGUGCGCUUGUGUUUUUGCACAAGAUGCCGCGCAUUUGGCUAGAGUAUAUCGAGUUCUUGAUGAAGCAGAAGAAGAUCACACGUGCGCGACGUGCGCUAGACAGUGCAUUGCGGUCGCUACCCAUCACGCAGCAUUCGCGAAUAUGGGAGCUGUACGUGAAGUUCAUCAAGGAUGGAGAAGUUCCCAAGGAGACGGCACUCUGUGCUUUCAGGCGGUACCUCAUGCUGGAGCCUGAUCAUGUCGAGAUCUACAUCGCCUACUUGCGAACAAUUGGGCGUUAUGACGAGGCUGCACAGAAGCUCGCCAGUGUGGUAGAUGAUGAGGACUUCAGCUCCAUGGAGGGAAAGACUCGCCAUCAACUUUGGAUGGAUCUCUGCGACCUUGUCUCCAAGCAUCCCGCUGACAUCAAGUCUCUAAACAUCGAGUCAAUCAUCCGCAGCGGCAUUCGGCAAUUUACUGACGAGGUGGGGCGACUGUGGAUUUCUCUUGGAGAUCACUUCAUCAGGCUUGGACAGUUCGAGAAAGCCCGUGACAUUUACGAGGAAGCCAUGGCGACAGUCAGCACGGUGCAUGACUUCUCCUUGAUCUUCGAAGCGUAUGCCAAAUUCCUUGAGAGCUUGAUCUCCGCUCACAUGGAGCGGGAGGCUUCAACCGUCUCGGCUGCAGAAGCUGAUCUGCUAAUGCUGCGCUUGGAGGACUUGCUGGGAAGAAGACCGGAGCUGGUGUCGUCGGUCAAGUUGCGGCAGAAUCCUCACAACGUGCAUGAGUGGCUGCAGCGCGCAAAGUUGUACAAGGACUCGCCCGAGAAGGUCAUUCGCUGCUUCACGGAGGCCGUAAUGACGGUGGAGCCCCAGAAAGCCGAAGGUCGCCUCUGGACCUUGUGGGCAGCUUUCGCCAAGUUCUACGAGUCGCACGAUGACUUGGAGAAUGCUCGUGUGAUUUUUUCAAAAGCCACACAGGUGAAGUAUCGGGGGGUCGAUGACCUUGCCUCCGUAUGGUGCGAGUGGAUUGAGAUGGAGCUGCGUCACAAAGAGUUCGACGAAGCACUCAAGGUGGCAAGGCAAGCCGCCGGUCAGAAGAAGGCUGCAGCCUUGAAAGAAGACAAGGACGAUGUCCAGAAUCGGCUGUACCGCUCGACCAAGUUGUGGUCACUCUGCAUAGACCUUGAAGAGUCGCUUGGGACCACAGCUUCAACCAGGGCAGCAUACGAUGCGACUCUGGAGCUCAAGGCACUUCAUCGGGUGUUGUGCUUCUUUAGCAGCAAUCUUGUGGAGGCUUCGGUUUGCAGUCACUCCUGCCAGGGCAUCUACAGCAGUGCUCCCGUAGGGUGA